AUGAAGCAUCUCUCUAUUUUUUGCCUUCUCUCCGUCCUCAAUGGAGCCCUCGCUGGUAGCAACGAUCCAGCCUCUGGCUGCGUGAUGACCAGCGUCCUUCCGACUGUCACUGUCGGUUGUUCGGAGGCUCUCCCCAGCGCGACUCAAUUUUACCCCCCUCUCGGCACUCAGCAGCCUGGUCACGAAUCCUCAUCGCCCAUCAAUGUUCAGCCUGGUCAACAUUCUUCCUCCCCUGGCAUCGCUCAACCUGGUGUCGAUCAUCCUGGGACCCAGUCUCUCACUGGAGUUCCCAGUAAGCCCACUUCUGGCUCUGGUAGAACCUCUGGAUCCAGGCCUGUCAUCAAUGGCGGCUCCGGCUCAAACGGGACCCAUACUGCACCAGGAACCCACGGUGCUCCCACUAUUGUUUCUGGGGCCUCUGUGCUGAUGGCUCACGUCAGUGUCGAAAUGGUUGUGGCGAGCCUGCUAGCCUGCUUCAUGCCAAUGUUGAUCGAGCGUCUCUGA